AGAUGUAGGGGGAGUGUAUUGUACUGUCAAAGCAAGCGAGCAUUGCUAUUGGCUGAGAGCGUUGUGGAGCUGUGGAAGCUACAGGGAUUGACUCAUUGUCUUGUAUGCUCUCGGUAUAGCAUAGGCUUAGUUCAUGUUUGUCCUCAGCCAACUAAUAUUGCAUGUAAAGUGUACAACAUUGAUUGCCUACCUGUGAACAAUUCUCUCUGUGACAUUGAUGUAGGGAUAUUUUCUAGUUAUUUUUUCUGUUGGAUAAAUACAUGAUCCAAAAUGAGUUGGGAUAAUAUUUGGCGAAAUAAAGCUCAAAAUCAAAAACCUGAGGCAAAUAUGACAGCUAUUGCGAAGUUUGGGUGCGAUUGUGACGAAUUGUGCGCUGACACGCAGAUAUGCCUCACAACAGGGAAAUGUUUUGUAUCUCUGCAAAAAAACACCAAUGGAGAGAUUGUAGAAAGGAGGGGAUGUCUUGAUGGUAGUUCACAAACUAUACUUGUUUGUAAAUCAGGAGGACAUAAGGAAAUAAGUGUAUACUGCUGUCAGGGUAACAUGUGUAAUGCAAAUGUAUCUCUAACACUUGCGUCGCCCUCUACACCGACCCCUCCACCAUCAAACUCAGGUGGUAACAGCACUGUGGCAGGGUACAAUAUUCCAAUACUCGCCACCUCUAUCUUAGGCCCAUUUGCAGCUCUUAUGUGUCUUGUAUUGAUUUGCUUGUGUCUGUUCCGUCACAAACACAAACAGCACAUGCAAAAGUUAUCGAUGGUGGACCCUGAACUGGCCCACCGACACCCCCAUGAGUUACGAGCAGUGCCGGCCGGGGACAGUACACUUAAGGACCUGUUCGAUCAUUCAUGUACGUCAGGGAGUGGAUCUGGUCUGCCUUUCUUGGUACAAAGAACAGUGGCUCGACAAAUUACUCUAGUUGAACAAGUUGGUAAAGGACGAUACGGUGAAGUCUGGAGAGGACAAUGGCAGGGUGAGAGUGUCGCUGUCAAAAUAUUCAGUUCAAGAGACGAAAAAUCUUGGAUACGAGAAACAGAGAUUUAUAACACAGUGUUGUUGCGGCAUGAUAAUAUUCUUGGUUUUAUCGCAUCUGAUAUGACGUCUCGUAACUCUUGCACUCAACUAUGGCUGAUUACACAUUACCAUCCGCUAGGUUCACUGUAUGAUUUCUUGAAUCGGAACAUUUUAGACCCUCCAUUGAUGUGUCGUCUGCUGUUGUCUGCCUCAAGUGGAUUGGUUCAUUUGCACACAGAGAUCAAGUGUAAUAGGACAAAGCCGGCCAUCGCGCAUAGAGACAUUAAAACAAAGAAUAUAUUAGUAAGGGACAAUCUAACUUGUUGUAUUGCAGACUUAGGCCUUGCUGUACUACACUCAGAAGGUUCUGACACCAUUAAUGUUGGAUCCAACCAUAAGGUGGGAACCAAGAGAUACAUGUCACCAGAAAUGCUGGAUGAGACAAUGAAUAUGGAAAGCUUUGAGUCUUUCAAAAGAGCUGAUGUCUAUGCCUUUGGAAUGGUUUUAUGGGAAGUAGGAAGGCGAUGUGAGAUUGGAGGUUUGUGCGAGGAAUAUAAACCACCAUUUUAUGAAUAUGUGCCAAAUGAUCCCAGUUUUGAAUACAUGAGAAAAGUGGUUUGUGUAGAGAAGUUACGACCCACACUUCACAACAGAUGGUGCACAGAUCCAACACUCACAUCUCUUGCCAAACUGAUGAAGGAAUGCUGGUACCAAACUGCAUCUGCCAGGCACUCGUCACUUCGAGUGAAAAAGACACUAAUGAAAAUUUCUGAGUGUUGUUCAAAAACGUCAAAAAUUGUCUACUAAAUAGAAGAAGGCAAUAGUGAAGUAAUUGGUUACCGGAUUGAAGCAGGGAGCUUUGAUGUUCCGCAAAUCUUGGUUUCGAGCGAGCACAAUAUCUUCAGAUGUUUGGAAGCUCUUUUGUUGCAAGAAAAUGUCUGCUAGCCAGAUUGCCUGCUCAUUUGUAGGCAUCACAGGAAUAUCAUUAACUUCUGCUUGCAGACAUGUGAACACUUCACUGCACUCACAGAUAUGAUAAACUUUGAUGUGAACAUUGAGGGCAGGCAUUGACACAUCUGGUUGAAGCAUGUGUCGAGAUUAACAUAAUGGCAGAGGUGACCCUAGUGACGAACUUGGUCCUAGGGGAUUGGAGUCCUAAUCGCGACCGAAACAUGACAAACAUGCUUAUGCUCCAGGACGGUUUUUUUGAUGCGGGCAGGACAGAAUCAUACUUAUAUUGUCAGUGGACACUUGCAUUCAGGGAUCCCGACGUCAUCGACCAAAAUUCACACGUAGUGCUUAUAGUAGCUGUUGUACAGGAAGUUGAGAUGAAGCAAAUUUGUGCUAAAUGGUGUCCCAACAGUGUCUUCAUACAGAUUCACAUACAGUUCUAUUAUUAGCCUAAUGCACUUUUUCUUUAAAAGAAAAAAUAAAAAUACUAUUGUUGAUUCUCGAAAAUGAUUAAUUUAAUUAUAAUGCUUGGGCACGCCUGUUCUACAGGUAUUGAUUAGCAUUUCCUAUGUUGCCAUGUACACUAUAAAAUGUCCAUUAAGUGAAAUUAAUAUUUUACAUGGCAGAGCAACUUAAGAGAACAUGCUCAAGCUUUCAGGUAUAAGAAUAUUGUCUGAGGACUGAGCUUCUUCGGUUUUAUCUUGUAGUCAACUUUUAUCAUAUUUUCAUUUGUAUUUCAUGCUGAUUGCCUUGGUCAAUUUACCAGGGUCAGUCUCUCUAUUUUAAUAUUCAUAUUUGGCUUUACAUGAGAGUAAUCCCAUCUCUUUUGCUGCACACUGACCUGCCUGGCUAAAUAUCAGUGACUCUUCCAUUAAAAAUUGGCUACAUAUAAAAUUGCUGCAUAAGUGAUUAAAUAUUAAUUCUUUAAUAAAUACUACUAUAAAUCAUUUAUAAAUUGCAUCCUUCUCGUGAAUUCUUUCAUAAAAAAAAUACCUAAAGUAUAAAUUUAAAGAUUGCUAAAAGAAUUUGCUUAAAUCAUGAUUUCAAAACAUGAGAUUUUAUUUUAUCGGUGAAAACAGUCAAAUACCGUAAUUAUUAUUCUUCUAAACAAGAUGAACUUUAUAUAUAUACUUUUUUCCUUGAUUUUUUUGUACAUAUACAAAUAUUAUGUUAAAUUAUGUGAAAGAAAUGCCAAACUCCAAUAUUGUGACAUUUUGUAGGUAUUUUGCAUCUUUGCAUGCCAGGGAUGAGAGGUAUUCAAUGCAGCCUGUAAAUACAUUCUUCUUUACUCUUCCACAGUGAACUAUACUUAAAUAUGACAAUUUUAAAUCAGAUAAGUUAAAGGAAUUUGAAAACAGGAUUGAGUCAUGCAAAAUCUCGUUUAAGGUGAUGACUUCCAUAUGCCUAAUGUUCCCAAGCCUUAUGGCUAUAAUAAUUGUACUUAUGAUCCCUCCGCAGACAGCUUACAAGUGAUAUUAAACUAAAAUUUAAGGUUGAAGGUGAUCAGGUUGGAGGCUUAUCUGUCGGAAUGAUCUUUUCAUGUUUUCACAUCUGGAAGAUGAUUUGAGAUGUGUGCAUUGUUUGUGUCUGGGAUGUUGUACCUCUACAUCACCUUGAUAUGGGUGUCCAUAUUUGUGUGCUUCUUGCAUGUCACAUGACCUGAAUCAGAAUUCAAUUUUAUUGAACAUUAGUUUUUUUGUCCUUGAUAAUUAUAGUUUUUAAUGAAAGAUUGAUUACAUUAAAUAGAAUAAACAUACAUAUUUUAUAUUUCUUUUUUAUUAAUUGCAUCUUUGAGGAAGUCUUUGUGUGUGACUCGCAGGGGGAACUGUUUCUAUAGUAACUAUCAUAUCUCAUGAAUAUGCAUCAAAGUAUUUUCCUUUUAUUCUUAUCUUACAUCUUUAUAUAUAAUGUCUUGAGAUAUACUCUCAUUGUAUAUUGUUUAAAUUACUUGUUUUAAAAGGUAUGAAACGAAGUAUUUUAAUUAUGAUACUAUUAAUUUCAAAACACAUUGUGUAUUCAGGUACAUGCCACAUAUUAAAAUCAAUGUAUAAAUUAAGUAACAAAAAUGAGAUUUACAAAACCUUGUAGAAAUGUAUUGUACAUUAUAGCAUUAUUAUUAUAUUAUUGUUAUUAAUAUUAUUGUACAUUAUAGCAUUUUAGUUUUCUCUGUACCUUUUUUAAAUAUUAAUUUUGUGGCAGUGAAAACUUUGAAUAAAAAAGUAAUGUCAGUAAAA